AGUGGCAGGCUGCAGGCUCUGAGAGUGACCUCCUCCUCGGCUUCCAAGAUCCCUCCACGGGCUGUCUGGCACAGGGUGGCCACAGCCCCCCUGUGGGAAACUGGCAACUUGGGCGGGCCAGGCUGGGCCAGCGGACUCAAGGUCAGGGGAGGAAUCCAGCCGGCGCCCCAGAAAGGGCAACAUUUGGCUACCCUGCCUCUCUCUUAGAAGGCUGGUAGAGCGCUCAGGCCUGGGAAGCAAGAAGGAGCCAAAAGGCCGUGCAAGGCUCCAAGUGUUCUGGCCUCACAGAGCAGCAAAGUCGCUACAACUCUUCCUCUGAGCUCCCAGGCAAGGGCUACAGAGCCAAAUUCAUGAUUAGGACAGAAAGGGCCUUAGAGACACUUCCUCCAACUCCCUCACUUUUCACAGAGGGAAACUGAGGUCCAGAGCAGGCAGUGACUUAUCCAGGGUCACCCGGCUAGGAAGUGGCAGAUGUCAAUGUGUGCCUCACAGAUUCGACCUGAACCAUUCCCCAGGCAGGAGGCAGCAGGGGGAGCAUUGGUGGCCCCCUCCUAACUGGCCCUACCAGUGGCCUGGGCGGUGGCAGCAGAGGCAGCGGUGGGAGGCAGAGGUGGGGCAGUAUUUGCCCAGCUCGAAGCAGUCACCAUGGCCCAAGCACCUGGGGCCAGCCUGGCCAGCUGGGAGGACAGCCAGGGGACCGACAAGGCCAGGGGGGGUCGGAGGCCCUCCCCCACUCAGGUGUCCCCGGAGCCCAUGCUUGCUGGAAAGAAGUCCCAUCCAGAAGGCUCUUCAGUGGGGGACGAGCUUGACACAUCAUCCUCCACUCCAUAUAGCGUCAACAUCAACGUGUUCCUUCCCGAGAGCACUCACCUGUGUUCGGGCUUCUACGGAGCUCCCAAGACCUUGGCAGUCUUCCCCCAGAUCAAAAGCGAGCCCAGCACCAGCUUUGUGCAGGCCUGCCCAGCAAUUGUUCCUUCCCCGGCAACCUUGCCAGAUUUCACCAGUGUCUUCAGUGCGCCACAAACCAUGGCUGUGAAUAACGUCUCCAUUAAGCCCAAGCUGUCUGGAGAGAUGCCUGGGGCUGCUGGCGUGCAGCCAACCCUGUCGUGCCAGAUGCCCGUGGCUGGGGCUGGCGUGGGCGUCAGUGUCUCCAUGGCCAUGCCAUUAGCAAGCAGUGCCACCGCCUUCAGUGGCCUGAAUGGCAUCACCAUAGCAGCAGAUAGUUCCCUGGUCGGGAUGCUUCAGCAGCCUUCGAAGCAGAAGAAGGAAGAUAAAGCUCUUCCAAAUAGUCUCCAAAUGCAAGAGGCCGUCAGCUCUACUGAGCAGUUCUGUCCUGCUCCAAGGAUCACCGGGUCACCAUCACUCUCUAGUGCCCACCUUUCUCCAAAUCAGCCUCCCCUGUGUGGCGAGACAGCCUUUGGACUGAAGUUCAUACGGGCCCCCCAGAUCGCCACAUUCUCUGCUGGCCUAGCCACCCUUUCCCAGGGGCAUCUCAUUGUCCAAGCGACCAAACUGAGCCCAAAUCCUGGGAACAACCCAGAACCGGACAAGAAGCGUGUCCAUCGCUGUGACUAUCCAGGUUGUGUCAAAGUUUAUACCAAGAGUUCUCACCUGAAGGCCCACCAGAGGACCCAUACAGGUGAAAAACCAUACAAGUGCUCCUGGGAAGGCUGUAACUGGUGCUUUGCCCGCUCUGAUGAACUCACCCGUCACUACCGCAAGCAUACCGGAGUCAAGCCCUUCAGAUGUACCAUCUGCGACCGCUGCUUCUCCCGCUCAGACCACCUGUCCCUCCACAUCAAGCGCCACCAGAACUAAGGGUGUCGCCUCAGUGUGCAGGAGGAGCCCAGAGAUCCUCCUCAUCUUGUAUGACAAAGGGGCCUCUGCCCACCCUUCAUCUUUCCCUUCCCGUUUCUGUAGUUUGGGGGGUAGUAGCUCGUUCUCUUCCUUAGCUUGGCUUAGCUGGUGGGGUGGGUGCACACAGGGAGAAGCUCGCAUCCCCCUCUUCGGGUUGUGCCUUGCCACACAGCCACGUUUGUCCCCCAAAAGACGGCAGAGACCUGCCUCUUUAGACGACUACCCUUUUCUGGGGCUCCAGAAGGGAAGGAGGCAGGCUAGGAGGCUUCUUAGCCUGCCUUCAACCAGCCCCCGUCUCCUGUACACGGGAGCCGAGCUGGGCAGUGUGAGCUCGGUACGACUGGGCAUGUUCGGGGCAGAAACAAAGGAGUUUCAGGAGUGGCAGCACCCAGAAGUAGAAGUGAUCCACAAAUUGGCAACCUCUUGGGGGGUGGUACAUCGUCCCGGCGUAUAAAGCACACGUAUGUUGUGUAUCUGUGUGCCCUACAUGCAUGUGCGUGUGUGUGAGUGUGUGACACUUGGUGUCAGGAAAUACCGAUUCCAUUCCUGCCAGACACCUCCAACAAAAGCCAAAUCAGACCCGAAAGUCACUGGCUUCCUUCCGUCCCCCGUCCCACCGGGCCAUGACAAUGGGUUGUCUCAAGCCCAGGAUUGCCACACCUGGAACACCUUUGAAUUCAAAGAGCCCUUUUCCCAUCAGUCCCACUGAGAGCACUUAGGCUGGCCCAUCCGGGGAGAAGGGCUCUGUCCAGUCUAAAGGCCCCAGUGAGCUGAGCACGCCACAGGCCUGGACGAGACCCAAUGGGCCUGGUGGAAGGAGUGCCAAUGGCUGUCGUUUGCCUUCUGCCGUAUUGGAAGUGAUGGCCAUCCGAUGGCACCCCCUGGGAGGAUCAGUGGAGCAAGCUCUGAGGAGCAUUGUGGGCUGUCCCUCAGCUUCUCCCUGGGACCGGGGACGCUGGCAGUGACAUAGGGGAGAACACCACAGAUUUUCUAGGAACCCAAGGCCAGGCAUUAGACAGACAGAGCAUGGUAGCCUUCACUUCCCAGAAGAGAGAGCUUCCAAUGGGUAGAGCACAACAGGGGCACACUUGAGGGCUGGCCGGCUGGCCACCCUCACUCCAUCCUGCCCCAAGCCUGCUUCCAUCUUUCACUAAGCAAUCACUCACAUGCCUUGCCUUCUCCUUGUAGGCUGCCCCUACCCGAGCCAAGCUGGAACUUCCCCCUCUUCCUCCAUCCCCCUUCCCAUGCAUUCACUCACUUGUUCGAGUCAUUCAGGUUGCUGGGGUCCAAAGGGCCCAUCCCUUGAAGUUGAGAGAAGUGUUGUUAUUUCAGACCGAAAAAAGGAAAAAAGCCCACCAAAAGCAAAGCCAGAGAAGCAGAAUUGCAAGUGGGCAGGAAUGACCCGGGCCGGCUGGGCCCUGGUGUGUUUUGGCAAGUUCGCAAGCCCGUGUAUGCUCCAUGGAGUCUAUGUAUUACCAAAGAAAGUGAAAUAAAGCUUGGAGCCCAGUG